CGCACAUUCCUGGCGCCAGAUCUGCCACCAUUACGACAUCCGCAGGGAUCCCAUUCUCCUUGUUCAACCAUCCAAUGAGAAGAAAGCAUCUUGAUUGUCAUCCCGACCUCUGCAGAUCUGCCUCUGCCAGCUCCCAGCCGUGUUACUCAUUGAAGAGGCCCUUCAGCGUUUCCAUGCGCUUCGUGGUGUCCGCCUGCAUCCUCAUCUUCACGCUUGAAGCGUCGCUGUGCUCUGCCGGGAGGUCACGGAGGCGGUUGCUGGAGAGAAGGAGACCGGCCUUAUGGGGCAACAGCGCUCGGCAUCGGUGCUGCGCAUCAGCUCAUCUUCCCCAGUGGCUGAACCGCCCCAAGGUCAGGCAAGCUGUGCACCACCUGCAGCGCUCAUUCACCGGGGACGCGAGAAGGCGUCUUAUCCGCUACUAUCUGCUGCAAGAGCUGGUGAGUAUCGGCGGCACCUACCUCAACUUCGAGCUCUCCCAGCGGGGCAUGGCUGUGCGGCUUCCGUGGUGGGUCAACCGAUGCAUUCGGUGGCACAACUGGCAGCACGUCAAGAUCCGCGAGCUCUUCACCACUCAGAUCCCCAUCCAGUCGGCGCUCAUCGCACCCAUCCUGGAGGAGCUGGAGUUCAGAUGGCUGCUGCAGGAGGGCCUCCUGCGCCAGCUGCCCAGGCUGGCGGCAAUGUGGCUGUCUGGGGACGAUCCUCGCGGCUUUGGUGCGGCCAUUGUGCGGUGGCUGAGACGUCUGCGGGGCAAUCAUGACAAGGCCAACUCAAGGCAGAGGAGAAAGAGAUGGGCGCGCUCGUCUGACGACCAUCGGAGGAUGCCCCUGGCCUUCAUCGACUCGCCCCCAUGUCGGCUGCUGCGUGUACUGCUCACGUCCAUCAUCUUCUCCAUCCCUCACCACCAGGAGCCAGGGCCCAUCGAGCUGGCGCCUGCCCGGGCAGCCAGCAGCGACGCCGCCCUCCCCGCUGGCCGUGCUGCGCGGAGAAAGAGGCGGCGCAAGCUCGAUGGGCGGACACUGGAGAGAUGCAUCUACGCCAAUCGCAUCUUGACGGCGUUCGGUCAGGGUGUGAUAUGGGGCUGGGUUGAGGAGGAGGCCCACGAGAUCGUGCGGUGCAUAGCGCUGCACAUGCUGCACAACACGCAGCAGCGUGUGUGCAUCGAGCUGCUCAAGAGGGUGCUGAAUUGGAGGGAGGACAUCAGGCAGAGGAGGGAAGACAGGAUGGCCUGAUCCAUCGCUGAUGAUGGGCCGAGUGAGUGAGUGAGUGAGAAAAUCCGACUGAGAGGGGAAUGCAAUUGCUGUGCAGUCGUUUUAGAGAGAAAGGAGGCAGAGGAAGGUGUGUAUAGGCAGAGUGAGAGUGAUGAGAGACCGACCGACUCGAUGUUUCUUUGGAUGCACGUGUGGUUCAAUCAAUAGUUGUCCGCCAAA